AUGCCUGCGGAUGUUGUAAAAAAGAAAAAAAAAGGGCAGAAAGACGACACCCCGAAAUAUGUUUUUUAUUUAUUUAUUUAUUUUUUUUUUUUUGUGUGUGUUUGUGAUUGCGCUGGACAAGGGGGUGGGGAGGGGGCAUGUUUGUCUGGCUUUGAUCCUCUUUUAUUUAUUUCCCCUCUUUUUCUUUUUUAUUUUGCGUUUGUUUGGGUGCCGAAUGAAGUUUUGUCUUUUGUUUUUUCUCCCUUUUCUCCCUUUCUGUCUGUCUGUCUGUGUGUGUGGAAUGUAAAAGAGGGGCGUGAAUUGCUGGGUUUUGUUUGUUUUUUUAUUUUUUAUUUUUGCGUGUUUGUUUGUUUAUUUGUUUGUGUGACUUGUGGCUGCUGGUGCCGCCGGAAUUCAGCGGAGCGGGUGGUGGUGGUGACUUCUCCCUGCAUGCUUUGCCCCACCAGUCAUCCCUCUUUUUUUUUCUUUUUUUUCUCUUUUCUGUAUGUUUGUUUGCUUAUUUAUUUUUUUUUUAGUGUAGUGUGCGCAGCGAUGGGGGAGGGGGGGGAAAUUUUUUUUAGUUUUUUUAUUCUUCUCCUUAUCUUUGUAGCCUUUGGCGCCGUGCUGCUGCUUCUCAUCUACGGUGUCCGCUGCUGCCGCCGGAAGAUUCAGCGGCGGGAGUUGGAGCGCAGGCAAAACGCCCACGACGAGAGGGAGCGGCAGCGGGCGGUGCAGCUGCUGGAGAUGCUCAGCAUCCUGCGGGAGCCGAUGACGUUCCCCGCCUCCGUGCAGGGGAGAACGGCAUCAUUGGCGUCCUCGACGCGUUCGCCGGCGUCAGUGUCGAGGACGAUGCGCAGAGGGACGCGGAUGGGGAACUCGGCUUCCAUGCACUCGGAAGGUGGCUGGCUGAACGAGAGAAAAGACAGCAACGACCUCGUGCAGAAUGUACCGUCUGAAGUAGAAACGGCGGCUGCGGAAACUGCAUCCACGCAGGUGCUCCGCUCUUCAACUGUCUCAUUCCACAGAUAA